AUGUAUCUGAACUGUGGUGUGUUUGCUGCCUAUGCGGUGGCAUCUGUCUUCGGCCUGCAGCAAAUAGCCAGGCACCCAAUACAGCUCCGCAAACACCACAGUACCCUGCAUGCAACAGCAGCAGCAGCAGCAGCAGCAGCAGCAGCAGCAGCAGCAGAAGCAGCAGCAGCAGAAACAGAUGCAGAAACAGAUGGAGCAGGUGCAGAUGUAGAUGCAGCAGCAGCAGCAGCAACAGCAGCAGCAGCAGCACAUGAAACAUCAGCACAAUACAGCUACGCAAACACCACAGUACCCUGCAUGCACCAGCAGCAGGAGCAGCAGCAGCAGCAGCAGCAGCAGAAACAGAUGUAA